AAAUGAUCAAGGCUUCAAAAAGACCUGGAAGCCCUAUACAGGAGAGUAUCCAGAGAAAGAGGAAGAGGGGAGAAGAGAUGGGGGGAAAAGCUGAUGACAGACCCAGCAUGUCCUACAAUACUGACAUGGAACAGCUGUCAGGGACAAUCCCAGCAGACGCCCCCAUCCUUGUGACUGGACUGGAAAGCUUCACCUUCCAUAAAAUCCUUGGAGAGGGUGGUUAUGGUAAAGUCAUGCUGGCCACACAUCCCGCCUGCCAACAACAACUGGCAGUGAAGCUGGUGAAGAAGAGGGUCCUGCUUCAGGACUUUAAAGACACUGUCCUGAUUGAGCGACAGGUCCUGGAGGUGACUGGGAAGAGUCCAUUGUUUACCCAUGCUUAUGCCACCUUCCAGACCAAGGACUAUGCCUUCUUCAUCAUGGAGUUUCUUAGCGGAGGAGAUCUAAGUGGCCUCAUGAGAGCCAACGCCCUAUUUACCAUUCCAGUCACCAGGUAA